CAGAGCUCGUGGAAGAGCAAAGAUGCCAACCCCGAACAUCUCCACCUCUGCAGCCAAAGGCUUCCGCAGGGCGGUGUCGGAGCUGGACUCCAAGCAAGCCGAGGCCAUCAUGUCUCCACGGUUCAUUGGACGGCGUCAAAGCCUCAUUGAAGACGCCAGGAAGGAAAGAGAGGCUGCAGCUGCAGCCACUGAUGCUGCAGAGUCUACAGAGACCAUUGUAUUCGAGGAGAAGGAUGGCAGAGCCAUGCUGAACCUCUUCUUCAUGCUCAAGGGAUCCAAGACUUCACCACUGUCCCGUGUCCUUAAGGUGUUUGAGACAUUUGAAGCUAAAAUUCACCACCUGGAGACCAGGCUUAGCCGAAAGCCCCGUGAAGGGACUGCUGAACUGGAAUACUUUGUGCGCUGUGAAGUCCACAGCUCUGACCUCAACACCUUCAUUAGCUCCAUCAAGAGGGUGGCAGAAGAUGUGAGGACCACUAAGGAGGACAAAUUUCACUGGUUUCCCAGAAAAAUCUGUGAAUUGGACAAGUGCCACCAUUUGGUCACCAAGUUUGACCCCGACUUGGAUCUGGAUCACCCGGGCUACUCUGACCAGGUGUAUCGCCAGAGAAGGAAAUCAAUAGCAGAGAUUGCUUUUCACUAUAAGCAUGGGGACCCCAUCCCUCACGUGGAGUACACAGCUGAGGAGACAGCUACCUGGAAGGAGGUGUACAGCACCCUGAAGAGCUUGUACCCCACCCAUGCCUGCAAGGAGUACCUUGAAGCUUUCAGUCUGCUGGAGAAAUUCUGUGGCUACAAUGAGAACAACAUCCCUCAGCUGGAGGAGGUUUCCCGCUUCCUGAAAGAGAGGACUGGCUUCCAGCUGAGGCCGGUGGCUGGGCUGCUGUCAGCACGGGACUUCCUGGCCAGCCUGGCGUUCCGCGUCUUCCAGUGCACGCAGUACAUCCGCCACGCGUCCUCGCCCAUGCACUCCCCCGAGCCGGAUUGCUGUCACGAGCUGCUGGGGCAUGUCCCGAUGCUGGCUGACAAGACCUUUGCUCAGUUCUCCCAGGACAUUGGGCUGGCGUCUCUGGGAGCAACUGAUGAAGAAAUUGAGAAACUAGCAACGCUUUACUGGUUUACAGUGGAGUUUGGGCUCUGCAGACAGAAUGGAAUAGUCAAAGCCUACGGAGCUGGGCUCCUCUCUUCCUAUGGGGAGCUCAUACACUCCUUGUCAGACGAGCCAGAGGUGCGGGACUUCGACCCUGAUGCUGCAGCUCUUCAGCCCUACCAGGACCAGAACUACCAGCCUGUUUAUUUUGUGUCUGAAAGCUUCAGUGAUGCCAAAAAUAAACUGAGGAGCUACGCGGCGCACAUCAAGCGGCCCUUCUCGGUGAAAUACGAGCCCUACACGCACAGCAUCGAGCUCCUGGACAGCCCCCAGACCAUCUGCCACUCCCUGGAGAGCGUGAGGGACGAGCUGCACUCGCUGGUGAACGCGCUCAAUGUUCUCAGUUAGUACAGAACUGAGCCCCCCGCCCCUCCCAGCCCCUGCCCUGCCCUCGCCCGGGAAUUCCUGCCUGUCUCCAAACAUUGGCACUGCUGCCUGGCACCACGCGACCCCAACAGCUUCCCACUCCUGUGUGUAGGGCCAGCUCGGAGGAGGGCAGCGGGGUGCACCCAAGGGUACUUUUGGGUAGUUUUUCUAUUGACUGUGGAGGAGGCUUAGCAGAGACAAAAAGCUAACAAGGUGAUGUCAAGAUGAUGUGUGCUAGGCUCCUGAGUGCAAGGAAGAGGAGAAAAUCUACUUGAUUCAACAACAACAACAAAAAGCUACAUUUUUUUAAAAUUGCAGUUUGAGGGGAAAAAAUUAAUCUGCCUUUUUAUAUCCCCAAAACAACUCCAUGAGUCUUGUUCUUAGCUCUCCUAAUAUUACCAUCACCUGAUGUAGCUCAGGUGUGUGACUAAUGCUAUUGCUGGCCAUUUCCAAGGAAGGUAAACAUCUGGUUUGGAUGCUCAAACCCAGUUUCAUGCAGUUUUCAGUGUAGAUAUUAACAGCUUGAUCUGACCCAAAGCUCUCAGUUUUCCUCCCCCUGCUUUUGCCCUUCUUAUCUUUUUGCAGGCUGUCUCAUAACUUAGCGGUUUGCUCAGAAGUUUGGCCCAAGGUUAUGCAGCUGUGCAGUAUCAGAGCUGGGCUUGGGAUGUGUGGAGGCUGCUAAACAGCUGUGGGGAACAGCAAAGGGGAGAAUUGCACAGAGUUGUUUGCAUGAUCAUUUAUAACAUUUCUGUGUCGACUUUUGCCAUCCUUAUCCAGGAUAUAUGAUUUUUAUAAUUUCCUCUUUGAAGAGCUGCAAGACUUGGCAGUGAGGGUUUGGCUGUUAACAGGCUAACAUUGUUCUCCAGUGUUACCUCUACUGUGGCUCAGUCAUAAUAGUUUACAAUCCAUUGCUCUUUAUCCCAUUUCAGACCUCCACAUAUAUGUGCUUUACCCCCAGUUCUCUCAAAUUUUAACUCCUUAGCUACUGACAGCACUUGGUCUCCUGCCUGCUUCAGUCUCUCCUUUCUGUUUCUUUUCUCAUUUGACCCUUCCUCCUAAAUUCCUCCUAAAUUGCUUAAAAGGCCAUUACUGAAAUCAGCAGUUUGACACCAGGGCUAGCUGCUUUUUCUCAAGCUGCUCCUUUUCUGAUUGUCCUGCAAACUGAUAAAACUACCGAGUUCAUGCAGUUAUUGUCAUUUUAGAGCACUUUUUCCAAAGCUGCAGCUAUGAUUUCCCAAUCUGGGUGGAUCCAGAUUGUGAGCUGUAACUCUCAAGGCUCCCUUAAGAGCUGUAACAAUUUUUCAUUUGGGUUCUUCAAAUAUUACCAUUAGAUUAAGUAGCUGGAGCAAGCUAUGCAAGACUAAGGCAGGCUAGGCCAUAGUUUGACUAUCUAGCUAUGAAAAUCUUACUGGUGACUUCAGUAAAACAGACU